AUGCCAAAGAUUGAGGACGCAGUAAAAGGUGGCGGUGAAAAAGCGAAAAAGAAGGGAUACGACGAUGUGGAGAUCGAUCUCGACGAUGAAGACGAUAAGAAGGGGAAGUCGAAGAAGUCGCAGAAGAAGGACGUGAGCAAGGGAAAGGAAAAGAAAGAGGAAGAGAAGAAGGAGGAAAAGAAGGAAGAGAAGAAGGAGGAGGAGAAAAAGGAAGAGAAGAAAGAGGAGAAGAAAGAAGAGAAAAAGGAGGAGAAGCCGAAGGAGGAACCCGCAGCUCCACCGCCAAAGCCAACACCAUCUCAAGUCCAGCCGCCGUCACCGUCGGCCGGCGGCGGUGGUGGUGGCCAGUCACAGAUCGCUCCCGCGCCCGAAGCCGCUGGGACAGCUGAGGCGACGACACCCCUGCCCGAGAAGAAGAAGGGCUGCUGCACCAUCUUA